UGGCGGCGGUUUCGUCGUGCGUUUACAGUUAGCUCAGUCAAUGAGUGAUUCUAAAAUAGAAUAAAAAUUUUCACUUUUUAAAAAGAUAUUUUUAAGCGGAUAUAAAGAGAGUUUUGUUGAGAAUUUAGUCCAUAUUCCAGAAUCGUCCCUUCUUUAUUUUAGUGUUUUUCUUAUCUUGACUUUAGUAACGCAGCUUUGGCAUUUGAAUCAUGUCGGAUGAGGACGAAGCCCCUUUGGUGAAAAAAACUCGAAUCUUCUAUGGAAGUCUUGAAGAGAAAGAAAAGGAGCGUCUUUCCCGUGAUGGAGGAAUUUCAUCUGCCAAAGAUGCGAUCAAGGCUGGAAUUGAAGCUGGAAAUAUUAACAUCUCCAGUGGUGAGUCCCUGGAGCUGGAGGAGCGCGUAAGUGAGCGGCAGGCUGAGGUCCUGGCUGAAUUUGAGCGCAGGAAACGAGCCAGACAAAUCACAGUGUCUACCGAUGACACCGAAGUCAAAGCAUGUCUCCGUGCCCUUGGAGAACCAAUCACACUGUUCGGCGAGGGCCCUGCUGAAAGACGAGAGAGGUUGAGGAAUAUUUUGUCAGUAGUGGGUCCGGAUGCUUUAAAGAAAUCAAAAAAGGAUGAAGAGAAAGCGAAGCGCUCCCAAGAGGACUCUCAGCAGACGUGGUACCACGAGGGUCCUGAGACGCUGAAGGAGGCACGUAUUUGGUUGGCUAAAUAUUCACUGCCCAGAGCUGUGAAUAGACUGGAUGCUGCUCAUGCUCAGAGAGAGAUUCCUGAAUCUACACGCACCGUACGACAACAAGAGCUUCACAAGUCACUCAGGAACCUGAAUAACUUCUGUAGUCAGAUCGGAGACGAUCGUCCGAUCUCCUACUGCCAGUUCAGCCCGAACUCCAAACUGUUAGUCACUGCAUCAUGGAGCGGUCUGUGCAAACUCUGGAACGUUCCAGACUGUAGUCUCGUUCGCACAUUAAGAGGUCACAACACCAACGUUGGAGCAGUCAGCUUCCAUCCACAAGCCACACUCACUCUAGACGAGUCAGACGUCAAUCUGGCCUCCUGUGCUGCAGACGGAUCUGUUAAGCUGUGGAGUCUCGACAGUGAUGAGCCUGUUGCAGACAUCGAGGGUCAUUUCAUGAGGGUGGCUCGCGUAUCAUGGCAUCCUUCCGGUCGCUUUCUGGGCACAACCUGCUAUGAUAACUCAUGGCGUCUGUGGGAUCUGGAGGCCCAGGAGGAGAUUCUUCACCAGGAAGGCCACAGUAAAGGCGUACAUGACUUGGAUUUCCAUCCCGAUGGAUCCUUAGCAGGAACUGGUGGUCUGGAUUCAUUCGGCCGCGUGUGGGACCUGAGGACCGGUCGCUGUGUCAUGUUCCUGGAGGGUCAUCUUAAAGAAGUUUACGCCAUCAAUUUCUCCCCAAAUGGUUUUCACGUGGCUACUGGGAGCGGUGACCACACAUGUAAAGUGUGGGACCUGCGGAGGAGGAGGUGUAUCUACACCAUCCCUGCUCAUCAGAACCUGCUGUCCUCCGUCAAGUUCCAGCCUACAGACGGUCAUUACUUGCUAACGGGUGCUUACGACAACUUGGCUAAAGUGUGGACCCACCCUGGAUGGUCUCCUCUGAAGACCCUGGCAGGACAUGAAGGCAAAGUGAUGGGACUCGACCUGUCUCCGGACGGCCAGCUCAUUGCCACCUGCUCGUUUGAUCGCACCUUUAAACUCUGGGUGGCCGACUGAAGGAGACAAAAUGAUCUGUGUGUGUUUCAGGACUCAGAAGUGUAGUUUAGGCUGUUCUUGAUCACCGUUCACCUGACAAACUUCUGCUUGCAGCUCAAGUUUCUGAAUCCUUAAAUCAUUGGGGUUUUUUUGUUUUUAAGUCUGAGGUUUAGAUUAUUUUUCUUGUUUUUUUUUUUUUCAUUUCUUUUUGGUCCUUAUAACACAGCCUGAGGAAUUUUUACUUUGCAAGAUAUAUUCAGGCUUUUAUGUUCUUCCAUUGACCAUCCGUUUUUAAUAAAAACAUUAAUACA